CACCCUUAUUGUUAGGGUUUAUCUCAGUGACUCUGAGUAUAGGGUUUUGCAUUUCGAAGCUCACUCCAGCUCACAAAAUGGCGUCGCUCAUGGCGAUCCGGCGCGCACGAAGCCGAAUAGAUUCCUCCUUCUUCAAGGUACGACCUCCACAUCCUUCUCAUUUCAGCAUCAAUCACAACAACAACAACAGCAAUAACAACAAAACCCUAUCCCUAAUCAGAACCCUAAGCGCCUCAGCAAUCCCAAACGACUAUCAGAGACCCAAUGACUAUCAGAGAUCCCCUGCACCGCCACCACCACCACCACAACAGCAACAACCACAGUCUUGGGGCGUUCAGAACCAGAGAAACCCGAAUCAGUGGGUCCCGCAAAACCAGGGCUGGAACCCGCAGACCCAGAACCAGAGCUAUCCCGAUCGUGGAUAUGCUAACCAGGGUCAGAACUUUCCCAUCAAUGAAUAUCCCAAUCAGGGUCGGGGUUAUCCUCAGCAUGGAAACCCUAAUCAGUGGAAUUCUCAGGACCAAAACCCUAGCCGUGUGAACCCUCAGAGCCCCAAUUUUCAACAACCCAGAGCCCCAAACCAAUGGAACUACCAAAAUCAGGGGUACCCACGUGUCCAAAACCCUAAUUUGGGGACCCAACAGGUCCAAAACCCUAAUCUGGGGACCCAUCAGGUCCAAAACCCUAAUAGAGGGCAGGUGGUUGAGGACCCAGCCCCGGUUUCUUCUCCUCCUCUGCCUUCGAUUGAAGACCUUAGGCGGUUUUGCGAAAUGGGGAAGGUCAAGGAAGCUAUUGAAUUGAUGGAACAAGGGGUUAAAGCCGAUUGGAAUUGUUUCUACAGGUUGUUUGAGUGCUGUGGGGAAUUGAAGUCGUAUGAGAAUGCGAAAAAGGUUCAUGAUUUCUUUUUGCAGUCAACGUGCCGGGGUGAUUCUCGGUUGAUUAAUAAGGUGAUUGAAAUGCAUGGGAAGUGUGGGGCCAUGACUGAUGCGCGAAGGGUGUUUGAUCAUUUGCCCAAUAGGGAUAUUCACUCCUGGCAUUUGAUGAUUAAUGGGUAUGCGGAUAAUGGGUUAGGUGAUGAGGGGUUGCAACUGUUUGAGGAGAUGAGGCAGUUGCAGUUGAAACCCACUGGGGAGACUUUCCUUGCAGUUUUUUCGGCUUGUGCUAGUGCGGAUGCUGUGGAAGAAGCAUUUAUACAUUUUGAUUCGAUGAAGAAUGAGUAUGGUAUUGAUCCGGGGUUUGAGCAAUAUAUGGGGCUUCUAGGUGUACUAGGGAAGUGUGGGCAUCUUAAUGAAGCAGUGGAAUUCGUAGGGAGACUUCCGUUUGAGCCCACGGCGGGGGUUUGGGAUGCUUUAAGGAAUUAUGCUCGGAUUCAUGGAGAUGUGGAUCUUGAAGACCGUGCUGAGGAGUUAAUGGUUGUUCUUGAUCCGUUGAAGGCUGUUGCUAAUAAUAUCCCUACCCCACCACCAAAAAAGCGCACUGCAAUCAGCAUGCUUGAUGGGAAAAACAGAAUCAUUGAGUUUAGAAACCCAACUCUCUACAAGGAUGAUGAAAAGCUGAAGGCCUUGAGUGGGAUGAAAGAAGCAGGUUAUGUGCCAGACACGAGAUAUGUUCUUCAUGACAUUGAUCAGGAGGCCAAGGAGCAGGCCUUGCUCUAUCAUAGUGAGCGUUUGGCAAUUGCAUAUGGUCUGAUUAGUACUCCAGCAAGAACGCCUCUGAGGAUCAUCAAGAACCUCCGUAUCUGUGGUGACUGUCACAAUGCCAUCAAGAUCAUGUCCAAGAUUGUUGGGAGGGAACUAAUUGUUAGGGACAACAAACGGUUUCACCAUUUCAAGGAUGGCAAAUGCUCUUGUGGGGAUUAUUGGUGAAGUCCUUCAAACUGUAAACUUUAAUACACAGAUCCACUGAGAUUUUCUUUCCAGUUGCAAUUUGGUGUGUAGAGUGCAAAAUUGCGAUAUUGUGGACAGAAACUCCAGUGACAAUGGUUGGAGGUGAACCGUCUAUUGUUAUAUAAUGUAUUCUCUGCUUGCUUUGACGUUCAAUUAAUUAUUUGUUAAAGUAUGUCCUCUUACCAUUGGCA